AUGGGCAUCGUCAAUCUCAGCAGCCGCGGCGCGGCGCCAGAGCCGGAAGACAACGACCCGGCCUACGCCUACAGCAUGCUGACCGACCCGCUGGCCACGCCGGCGCCCUACACAAGCGGCGACACCGAUGCCACGUCGCACACGGCCAGCCUGGUCCGGCACUGGACGCAGUCCCGGGCAUCUGGCGGCCGGGCCCUCGGGUCGGCCACCAGCGCGGCCGAGGUGGUGGCGGCCCUGGGCGGCCGUGGUCUGGCGGUGUGCGAUUGCGGCCGGUCGGCCGGGGCCGGUGCGCCGAGCGGCGCGGCCGGCACGCCGGAGGUGCUGGUGACCCGGCGAACGGCCCUGGUGACCGGUGUGUCGCUGCAGUCCGGCAUCGGGGCGGACACGGCCGUGGCCCUGGCCCUGGCCGGGUAUGUGACCGUGUGCACCUCGUAUGAGACCCUGUCGGUGGCCGGGGGCGAGGUGGCCACCGCGGCCGCGGCGGCCGCCAUCGACACGGCGGCCCUGGACAGCGCGUCCCCCUCGCCGAGUGUGUCGCCUCGGCUUCGGCCGGUGGCCGGCCCCGAGCCGGUGGACCCGGUGGCCGGGGCCGCCGAUGGGUUUGGCCCGGUGGCGGCCGAAAUGGCCCCCGGGUCCGAGGCGGCCCCAUCGCCGGCGCCGGGCGACGACCAGCUGCCGGACCAUGUCCGCCUGCAGAUCCCCCCCCGGUCGGUGACGCACAUGCGCCGGCUGGUGGCGGCGCUGGCCGAGAGGACCGGCACCGAGGCGGCCGGUGUCCUGGCAACCGUGGCCGCGGGGGCCGGCGUGGAUGCCGGGCGCGCCGCGGGCUUCCGCUUUGCCGGGCUCGGGUCGGCCUCCGGGGCGCCGUGCGAUUGCGCCUCGCUGACGCACCGCCAUGAGGCCUGGCUGCGGUAUUUGACGCUGCUGGCCGAUCCCGGGGCCGGGGACUGGCUGCGGGCCCCGGCGGCCCGGUGCUUCGAGUUGCUGCCGCUGAAUCUCGGCUCGCUGGCCAGUGUCACCGCCUGCGUGGGGCUCUUCCUGACCCGGGUCUUGAGCCCGCUGCCCCUGGGGCCGGGGUUGGCCGCGCCCGGGCCCACCGAUCCCGAUGGCAGCCAGCUGCCGGAGCACCUGUCCCGGCGGGACCCGAUUGUCCCGGUGCCGCGGAGCGCCGGCGGCCCGGCGGCCAUGACCGCGGCGCCGCCCCGGCCGCUGCAUGUGCUUGUGCUGAAUGCCGGCAUGAUGAACAUCCCCUACAGCACGACGGUCGAUGGGAUCGAGCGCCAGAUGGGCGUCAACCAUGUUGGCCAUACGUACCUGACGCACCUGCUCCACCGGUCGCUGCUGGCCGGGGCGGAGGAGCUCCGAUCGCCGGUGCACUCGUCCUCGGCCGCCGAUGCCGGCGUGGCCGGGCCCGCCGGGGGCCACUCGGCCGGGCUCGACACCGCCGCCGGGGAUGCCCCCGGGGCCGGGGCCGGGGCCGGGGCCGGGGCCACCCCGCGGCAUGACUACGCCCGCGUGGUGACCCUGUCGUCCAUCGCCCACCGCCUGGCCCCGCUUGGCAUCGAUGUCGACACGCUGGCCAUGCGCUCGCAUCCCUGGAAGUAUGUGCGCUACAUCCGGUACUCCGAGUCCAAGCUGGCGCAGCUGCUCUUCGCCAAGGAGAUCACCAACCGCUACCUGGCAGAUGGGAUUGUCGGCCUGGCGGUGCAUCCCGGCGUGGUACACAGCACCGGGCUCGGGGCCUUCGACCCGCUGUCGCGCAUGCUCUACCUCUUUGGCUGGCCCUUCAUGAAGACCCCGGCCCAGGGGGCAGCUACCAGUGUCUUCUGCUCGCUGGCCCCGGUCCGGGGGAGCCUGCUGGCGGCGCAGCUGGCCACGGCCACUUCCUGGCACACGGGGACCCCGCUGCAAGUGCGCCCCCUCCGGCCGGGGGGGUACUUCGCGGACUGCGCCCAGGAGGAGCCCAGCGGAGCCGGGCGCGACCCGCUGGCCGGGCGAUCCCUCUGGCGUGCCACCAACCAGCUGAUCCUGGAGAUCCUUGAAGGCCUGCAGCGGGCCGAGGCCGAGGAGCAGGAGGAGCCCGCCGACGGGGGGCAGCACCAGGCCGUCAAGCUCGAGCCCGGGGAGGAGGACGAGCAGGCCGAUCGCCCUGCCUCGCCGGGGGCCGGCGGGUCUGGCAGCCGGCCGACCAAGCCCGGGGCCCACCCGACACGUGAGUCGCUCUUCUCGCUGUUUUCCGUGUCGCGGAUCUUCAAGAUGGACCUGGAGAGCCUGCAGCUCCCCUUCGUCGAGAGCCAGUAGGCCGGCCGAUCUGCUGCCGCUCUGGCGGAAUGUCAUUCAAUAGACCAACACGCACAUGCUGGAGCGCGUGCUGGCAUGGCAGA